AGAGCCUGGGGUUAGAAAACCAAGGGGAAGCACCAGCAGCUCUGCCCUCGGCCACCUUCCCGAGAAGAUGCAGCCACUUCUACUCCUGAUGGCCUUUCUUCUGUCCCCCAGGGCAGAGGCAGGGGAAAUCAUCGGGGGCCGUGAGGCUAAGCCUCACUCUCGUCCCUACAUGGCAUAUCUUGGGGACUGUGGUGGUUUCCUUGUGCGUGAAGACUUUGUGCUGACAGCAGCUCAUUGCUGGCAAAGCUCAGUCAUGAUCACGAGUGAAGCGGAGCACAACAUCUUGGAACAGGAGAAGACCCAGCAGGUCUGCGAGGUGACAAGAGCCAUCCCCCACCCAGACUAUAAUCCCAAGAACUUCUCCAAUGGCAUCAUGUUACUGCAGCUAGAGGGGCACAUCAAGUUGACUAGAGCUCUGAAGCCCUCCACCACUCCAGAGGCUAGGAGGGUGAGAACAGGACAGAAGUGCAAUGUGGCUGGCUGGGGGCACGUCUCCCCAAUGUGCACAUACUCAGACAAAAUACAGGAGGUGGAGCUGACCAUGCUAGAGCAUCAGGAGUGUGAAAACUGCUUACAAGAUUAUUAUGACCGUGCCAUUCAACUGUGUGUGGAGAACAUGACAGAGAAGAAGGCUUCAUUUCAGAGGGACUCCGCGGGCCCUCUCGUGUGUUACAGUGUGAUCCAAGGCAUUGUCUCCUAUGGAAGAAAAGGUGAAACAUCUCCACAAGCCUACACCAAAGUCUCAAGAUUUCUGCCAUCCUUCCAG